GGACACUGUCGUCGCUGGAGUCGUCGAGAUCGUCGGGAUCGUCGUGGCGCUCGCGUGAUGGCCUUCGUCCGUGUAGAAUAGUGUAGUUAGUUAGGGACCACCGGAGAAGAACCAAAUGCGAAUUGCGCAGAGAUGCUGGAGGUGGUCAGUUGCUAUGCUAGAGUAGCCAGUGCCAAACCCAUCCGGGGGGCGCACGGUCGCCCAGGAGAGGGACCUCGCCGGCCAUCCCACUCGUGCUGAGGUCCCUCCGUCCCUCCUCCUUGGAGGCGCCAGCGCACAGCAGCGCACUAGACUGUCCUGGGGCUCCGCUGGGCGAUUGCAGCCGAGCCCCAUCUUCCUCCUCGAGCCGCUGCUGCGCCGACCGCUGCGUAGUCUUCCCGGAGCUUGUGGUAAGGUAAUUUUCCAAUAUCCAUGAGCAUCUAUAGACCAUUCAUCACUGUGCUUCAAGAAUAAUUGCAUGAUAACAUCAUAAACCCAAUUUAUUAAAGUCUUCUUUAAUUUUAACUGUGGUUGCACAACACUGAAGCAAUCAUGAUGAUCCUGAGUAAAGUGGUGCAUUCGUUUCUGGCGCACCUUAUUGGUCUAUUGGUUUGGCAAUAUGAUAUUUCUGUCACUCCAGUUGCAGCUAUAGUAACUGACCUUUUCAAUUCCUCCGAUGGUGGACGCUUCAGAUUCCCAGACGGGGUACAAAACUGGCCAGCACUUCCAAUUAUAAUCAUCAUUCUCUUGACAAUUGGUGGCAACAUUCUUGUUAUUAUGGCAGUCAGCAUGGAAAAGAAACUGCACAAUGCCACUAACUACUUCCUAAUGUCCCUUGCUAUUGCUGAUAUGCUAGUGGGACUACUUGUCAUGCCAAUUUCUUUGCUUGCAAUUCUUUAUGAUUAUGUCUGGCCAUUACCUAGGUAUUUGUGCCCCGUCUGGAUAUCUUUAGAUGUUUUAUUUUCCACAGCGUCCAUCAUGCACCUCUGCGCUAUUUCGCUGGAUCGGUAUGUAGCAAUACGUAAUCCUAUUGAGCAUAGCCGUUUCAAUUCGCGGACUAAGGCCAUCAUGAAGAUUGCUAUAGUUUGGGCAAUAUCUCUAGGUAUUUCCAUUCCUAUCCCAGUCAUAGGAUUGAAGCAUGAAGAAAAAGUGUUCGCCAACAAUACCACCUGUGUGCUGAACGACUCCAAUUUUGUCCUGGUCGGAUCCUUCGUAGCUUUCUUCAUCCCGCUGACCAUCAUGGUGAUCACCUAUUUCCUCACCAUAUAUGUUCUUCGCAGACAAGCUCGAAUGUUGCUUCAAGGUCACGUGGAGGAUCCGUCUGAGGUGAAACUGGAUUUCCUGAGGUGCCUCAAGUGCUGCGAGAGGAAUGCCACUGAUGAAGAGAAUCCUGCGAAUCCUAACCAAGACGUCGCCCCCUGCCCCCAUAGGAAGAAGAGAGAGAAACGUCCCAGGGGUACCAUGCAAGCCAUCAACAAUGAACGGAAAGCAUCGAAAGUCCUUGGCAUUGUGUUCUUUGUGUUUCUGAUCAUGUGGUGCCCCUUUUUCAUUACCAAUAUUCUGUCAGUUCUCUGUGGAAAGUCCUGUAACCAAAAGCUCAUGGAAAAACUUCUGAAUGUGUUUGUUUGGAUUGGCUAUGUUUGUUCAGGAAUUAAUCCUCUGGUGUACACACUUUUCAACAAAAUUUACCGAAGGGCUUUCUCCAAUUAUUUGCGCUGCAAUUAUAAGCCUGAAAAAAAGCCUCCUGUUAGACAGAUCCAAAGGAUUGCAGCCACUGCUUUAUCUGGGAGAGAGCUUAAUGUUAACAUUUAUCGCCAUAGCAAUGAACCUGUGAUUAAGAAAGCCAAUGAGGAUGAGCCUGGUAUAGAAAUGCAAGUUGAGAAUUUGGAAUUGCCAGUAAACCCUUCCAAUGUAGUGAGCGAAAAGAUUAGCAGUGUGUAAGAAAGUGAAACACAGCCUUUUUCCUACUUAAAGCUACAAUGGUAGGAAAAUGUUCUCUAACCUUUCUGUAGCUCAAAGCUAUGGUGUAAAUAGUGCUGUCUGAAAAAAAAACAAAAACAAAGAAAAAAACACCUGUUUUAUAUGUAUAGCUUUGCAACCUUGUAGUUUUCAAUCAUGCAUAAAAUAGUGAGAUUUAGAGUUAUAUAUUUACUGUUUAUAAGAGACUGAACAUAAUUUAUUUUGAUUAUUUAACAUAUAAAGUCUUGGGAUUUCCCCCCCUCCCCUCUCUCCUCUCUUCCUCUCUCCCUCCUCCGUUUCUUUUGUGCAUAAGAAAGUGUUGAUAUUCAUCUCAGGUGGCAUUUGCAGGAGACCAGAAUGAUGUACAUUAGAAUGGUUAUGUUUGUACUACACGAAAAUAAACCAAGUAUGGGAAACUUUCUCCCGGUUAACAGUAAAUAUACACUUUAAAGUCUUGCUCUGCUCAUCUACAUGCAAACUCAGUAAGAAAGGUUCUGUCUUUUGAUAGCAUAUUGUACCAAUUAAAGAGUGAGUCAAAGACAGAACUUAGCCUUGUCACAUUUAGGGAAAAAAUUUGACAUUGUCAGUCUGUUGUAUUGGUAUUUUACUGCAAUAUCUGUUCCCAACCAUAGUGGUAUUUUAUCAUAGCAGCUGGUUAACCAGGACUAUAGAAGUGGAAGGAUGAUACAAGAUACAUAUAACAAUAGCUUUUCACUUCUUAAGGACAAUGUUCAAAUUUUGAUUAAAAUGACGAGCAAACUGAAAUUAGUGUUUUCAUUCUGGUCCUUAGUAAAUAUCUAAUUUCAUGAUUAAACUGGAAAAAGAUCCCAGAGUUAUUUCUAAAUCCAGGAUUCCCCACCAAUUGGGUUUUUGAUCUUGGAAUCCUGUAAAUCUGUGUGCUAUACAAAAAGUAAAAUUAGCAUUUGAGCCUUAUUAAAAUAUUUCUUAAUUAUGGUACCUCUCUAUAGGACCUAAUUUGGCAGUCCAUUUUUAAGUAAAACUUGAGUUGGAAGCCUAGAUGAUAAGUUUUACCUUGGAAGUUUUACUUGAUUAAGGACUGCAAAACUAGGCCCUUAGAAUGUGCAAAAUUUUAAUUUAAAACGAAGCUGUCUGGGAAUUACAGAAAAACAGUUUCCAUUAGAAUUUUAAACAAAAUUUAUCUCAUUUCAGAUCCUUCCAGACUCUCUAGUGCAGGAAAAGGCUGCAGCUAAUUUGUGGAAGUGGCAAGCUCUUUAUCGUACUGAAAAUACAUCACAGUAGUAUAAAACCGUGUUAAAAUAUAGUGUUGUGUUACAAAGCUUGUUGGCCAUUGUUUCACUCAUGUGCCUGCUACUCUAAGAAUGCAUUACCAUUUUACUAGUUUUUAAGCCAAGAAAGAUUUUGAAGCCUGUGAAAGUCAAAACAAUAGUCUAUGCUAUGUGCAAAAUAUACCAGUGUUCCUAGUGACUCUAUUUCCAUGUGUUUUCAUUUCACUCAACUAUGGCUAUAUUUCUGAAUAAUUCAUGAUGCUAGUUCUUAUGCCUGAAAGUUACUCAUUCACCAUAGAGUGUGCCUCUCAGUUCUUAAAAUUGGGGAAGGCAACCUGAAUUUCCAAACCCUCGGAUGUGUGUCCUAAAUGCACAUCAUAGAUAAACUGCUACAGAGGCAGAGGGAGGGCUAUUGUGUUUAGGAAACUCCAACAGGUUCUACUUAUUGCAACACUGCCAAAUAACAGUCAGUUGCUUGAGCAUGACCAAAUAGAACAUGAAAGCAAAAUUCCCCUACAUGUUAGGUCACUUGAACUGCAUGUUAAAACAAUUCUAUGAAAUGGAAUGAGAUAAUCUAAUUAUUCCUGAAAUGAAAAUGUCUGAAGAAAAAUAGCAUGUUAUGAACAUGAGUUCAGCAGAUACAGAUGGUGGCCUGCAUGUACACCCUGUACUAUGACUCUGUUGAUUUCAUCAAUAUAGGGCAGAAUAAGUUCUAUAAAAAUAACUGAGAAGACUCUUCAGCAGUUCUUUAAAAUACAGCACAUUCAGAUCUGAAGAACAAUGAGUACGAGAGAAAAAUGAAAACAUCUGAUUUCUUACUAUCAGGGCUAGCUCAUAGCACAUGUUUUACAAAGAAAUGAAAUAUAAACCAUGGAUUUUCCAAAGCACUAGCAAUAAGUUGAAUGAUAAUAGCUUAUAGCACAUUUGUUACUACUUCCUGUAUCAUCAAGUACUAGUACUUAGUAGUACUCAAACAGAGUAUCCUCAAAUUGUGUGCUAUUCAUAAGUUCUGUGCAGUUUGGUAUGAAACAAAUAUACUCAUUUGAAUAUAAAACUUACCGUUUAAAGUGAAAUCUGCUAACUUUUAUAAAUGUUUUAAAUGUCCAUGUGAUGUAAGUGUAACUGUGGUAAAUUUAUUGUCAAACAAAUAAUUUUGAUGUAUUGUUGUAUGUAUAUGUGUUUGAGACAUGUGCAACAGACUGCCUUAUAUUAUUUCUUGUUAACCUCGUCUGAUAAAUAGUACUUUGGUGAGUUGUCAAAUAUAUUGUCUUAUUCCUAGUUAUUGUAUCUUAUCCACUAAAAAGUUUUGUGACUCUAUUAAUUUAUUAAAUUUAUUAAAUGUUGCCAAAUA